CAACCCCCCCCUCCAAGAACUCUGCACAGAGUUGUAGUAAACGCAUUCCACCCAGUUUGUUACUCUCUGCUGUGUCAUUGUUCUUGUGUCCUAGGUGUUUUUCCUCUGUCUAGUUUUAUAGAUCUUGGUUCUCACAAUGGCACCAAAGAAGAAGGAAGAGCCCAAAGAAGCACCCAAACCCAAGGCCCCAGAACCUGAGCCUGUCAAGAUCCCGGAGUUCAACCCAGCUGAAGUUGUGCUUGAAUUCACUCCUGAGCAGAUUGAGGAUUUCAAGGAUGCAUUUCAACUGUUCGACAGGACACCACUCAGUGAGAUGAAAAUCACAUACGGACAAUGCGGUGAUCUGAUCAGGGCACUGGGGCAAAACCCCACCAAUGCUGAAAUCAUGUAUGUCCUUGGAAAGCCCAAACCUGAAGAGAUGGCAACGAAGAUGCUGGAUUUUGACAGCUUCUUGCCAAUACAUCAGUACAUCUGCAAAGCCAAGGACCGUGGCACUUAUGAGGAUUUUGUUGAGGGUCUGAGGGUGUUUGACAAACUGGGCGAUGGCACAGUCAUGGGCGCUGAGCUCAGGCAUGUCCUGGCAUCACUGGGUGAGAAGAUGAAGGAGGAUGAGGUCGAGCAACUCAUGACAAACCAGGAAGAUGCCAACGGUUGCAUCAACUAUGAAGCGUUUGUAAAACACAUCAUGGCAUCUUAAAAAGGCUGGCAAGACCCCUGAUAGUUGAAGACAGGUCCACCCCAUGUCUCCCAUUAUCUCGUGUGCUCUCAUGUGCUCGAUGUAAUCAUUACUGUGUGCCCGGGUGGAUUGCUAUUCUAUCAUGUCACAGGACUUUUCAACUUACUGUUCUUUGUUUUCAUUCCCCUUCUUGUUCAUUAGUGCAUCUCCAUUGUUCAUUUGUGUAUCAAAAUAUCCCAUUAAACACAAUAAUUCAUUAUUAGGAUAUUU